UGGUUUUGGUGACCUUUACGCCGGAAGCUAUUUUUGUAAACAUUGUGUGCACUUGGAGGUGAGAGUUAGUCCUCCGAUGAAGCGGUAAAAAUGUCAAAAAAUAGGAGAAUAGCGUUGGUAUUUGGAGGCUUUAUAACGGCUGUUGCCGCUGCGUUUUACCCGAUAUUCUUCUACCCUCUGACGCACAAAAAUGAGUACAGAGAAGUCCAAAAGACGAACCGGGCAGGAAUCAACCAGGCAGAUGUGCAGCCCGUGGGUGUAAAGAUAUGGUCUGAUCCGUUCAAGCCUGCAGACAAAUGAUGACCAGCUGACCCUCCACGGACUCCAGACGCUGAUUGAGAUUUUGAGCCUUUUUUUGAUGAGUGUGUGGUGUGUGUAUGAGUGAAUGACUGCAAGAAUGGGGUUUAUUUUGCUUGUUGAGUGUUUAAUCCUGUGAAUAAAGUGUGAAAAUCUCAGAACAAAAACAGGAUUCUUAAAUAAUUUAUUAUGCACUGUGAUGAGAGAUAGAAAAACAUGUCUGCAAAGAGUGAUGGACAAGAGACAAGGGAUCUAUAUUAUUUUCUGCCCCUCUUCUUCCUUCUAUAUUUCCAAAAAAAAAAGUGAGAUGCUUGUUCUUCUUUGUCCACAAGGUGGCACUCUAUUCCUGUCUGUUGACACUAAAGGCCCUGGAGUGUGUGUAAGGUCUUGUUUGUGCAUCUUGGAUAUUUUGGAAAAACUUUUGUAUGUCCAAAAAUCUUUCUCUGGUAUGCAAGCUGUAGGAAAUUAUAAUAAAAUACAGUGGUUUGUUUA